UAUACUGCGUACAAUGCAAAAGGAAUGUACUGUGCAAGUCUAUGUAGUUCAAUAUGGCGCGCCUUCGGUUCCCAGGGAGGCCUGGCCACAGAUAUGGACGAUCAUUAGUGCGAUACCUUCCAGAAAAAGACAGAAAUCAUCAGCAUGCAUUCUUUGCACGUACAGCAGCCAUCCAGAGAAAUCUCAAGUGGUUUUAUGAUCUGUUUGGCGACUCUGACGAGGAGGAUGAUUUCCAAGGCUUCACAGCUUCUGAGAUUGGUGAAUUACGGUCACCUCAACGCAAGAAAUGGACAAAGAAGGAAGAAGAGUCGCCAAAGAUCAAGAACAUCAAAGGUUCUUGGCCCAUCAUGGGGCGCCGAGCGGGAAAAGAGAGUCACUAUACCGGAGGAGAUUCCUGCGCAGAGAUGAGGAGAGGAGAAUGGAACACGGCUAAACCGUACAAGAUAAAGAAGUCGAGAGUCGUGGGAGGGAGAAUACAGAAGCUCAAGAAUGGCUCUUUGGGCGGUAACCGUGAAAAGAGAUCUGUUGGUCGGCUGUCCUACAGAGAUAUGGUUAAAGGUUUGGAUGUUGUUCGACCGAAGCUUAUCCCGCCAAAGGAGCCCAGGCCACCCAGGUCUCCGAAAGCUACUUUUACAAAGGUUGGAGGGAAGGCCGAAGGGAAGAUCCGAUUGCCGUUUCUGAUGCCGAAGCAGAAGGCCAAAAGUGGACUUAAAGGGAAAGAAGCAAUGGUACCUUGGCGGGGUAAGACUAAGAUGGAGAAGGCCCAACUAUUACUGAAGAAAGCAAGAGAAAAGAAAUCUGAAACAUCUCCCGUCAAGUUUAAGCCUUGGGAGAAGAAGAAAUUAUUGAUGGCUCAAGCUCAAAAUGGAACAUUUGACAAGGGAGGGAAAGUCAUUUGUGUGCCGAAAUCCAAACAGGUCAAUUUGUCAAAAGCCAUGGAGCUUGUGAAAAAGGCGAAGGGCGCUUCGAAAAUGAAUCAGCAAGUAUUUGGGUCGGAUACACCUGGUAAGCGAUCGGUUAAGUGCUCCAGCAAGCUUGCAGAUAUGGACAUGAAAGGGGUUGACUUGCAUUUCCUUCAUCGGAAAGUUACCCCUCCAUCCAAAAAGGCAAAGCUCUCAAAGAAAAAAUUGAAGUUGGUCGAGGAGAAGACUCCAAAACCUCCAAAGCCAAGCUUAGGUUUCGUAAUGCCAGUUAUGAGCUCUCGUUCCUCCAGAGUAAUCAAGCCAACAAAAAGGUUUAUUGAGCAAGAGUUUGCUUCCAGUCUGUUUGUGUCACCAUCAUCAGGUCAAGACAGUGAUUGGUCCGAUGUUCCUUCAGAUUUAGAUGGUUCUUUCUUAACACCACAGGCCUUUCCCACACCAGAGAUCCCCACUAUCAAGGUUAAGAAACCACCAAAGGCACGCAAGUUGGAUGAGAAUGAACUUGUCAUCAAAGACAUUGAGAAGAAGAAGAAGGAGAAGAAGAAGAAAUCCCAAAUUAAGGAGAAUAAAGAACAGUUACACUCUUUUCAAGAUGAAUUUUUGAAAUCCAUGAAUAUAUCGCCUAAGAAAAUUGAGCAUGAGAUGAAAUCUGAAAAUGAAAGUGAUGCAGAGAGCAAGAGCAGGCAGCGGAAGGAGGCAAACAGGAUGUUGAGUAUGAUCAGUGCAAAGGUCAAGAAUGGAAUAACCCUGACAGGCUCGCAGGAGAAAGUGUUGUUGAGCACUCCAGAACCAAAGUGGCAGCAUUUGAAAGCUGUUUACAAGAAGGUUGUCAAGAAGGAGGCAUUGGAUGAAGGCGAGACAAGAGCUCUGAGGAUAUCCCCUCUGGUGUUGUUUCAAUCCAUGAGGACAGGAGAAGAGCUUAUGCAUGUCCGAGGGAGGAUCGAUGGCCUGCCAAGUGUCAACGAGAUCCUCGAGAAAGUCAAGUCCGGGAUGGAAGUCACCGAAAAGGAGAAUGAGAAAUUACAGUGUUACAAGAGAAUAAGUAACGAACGACAGUUCAUCCAACGGUCAAAGCAAAGAGCUGAAAAGAGACUUCAGACAGAGAGCGAAGUUCAGUUAGUAAAUGAGGAUGGACCGGUUGACGUUAAUCCCGCUACUCCAUGUAGCACGAGUCCGAGAGGGGAUGCUAGCCCGAGGGUGAGUGCAGCAAGCUCCAGUCCCCCCGGACAAAGAAGAAGCCAGAGGUAAAGCAAGAGGCGAAGCAAGAGGUGAAGCAGGAGUUGACAGAGGAAGAAAAAGCAAAACAGUUAGAACUCAAAUGUGAGCGUCUCAUGAAAAAAUUCUUGUAUGAGAAAGAGGAGUAUAUUAAGAAUAUCCGAGAGCGUGCGAAGACUCCCGUUGAGAAGGGAAUGCCUUCUUUUAGGGCUCUAAAGAGGAGGCUGAAGCAAGGAUUGGAGCUAUCUGAUGCUGACAAUGAAAGGAUGAAGUUA